CCGCGUGCGCGUUCGUGACAAUUUAAAGAGCACUCGAUAAGAGUUGGGAAACAUUUGAGGAGCAAUCCACAAGUAAACACUCGACAGAGCAGAGAGGUCCUCCAAGCGCUGACUAGAAUGUCGAGACGGCCGCAACAGUUUGGCCCCCGAUGCUGGGUGAUGCCGCUCCUGGGAUUAUACCUACUCAGCCACGGCCUCCGUUGCGAUGCUCGGGCGGUGAACGUGAGCAACACUUGGACCAUGCCGCAGGAGGGCCUGAAUGUCUUCUAUCGCUUCUUCCGCGAUCGCAUCUCCUGGUUCGAGGCGGAUGCCGUCUGCCAGUUCCAUCAUGCCAAUCUGGUGACAGUCGACAACAGUUUUCAAUUCGAUGCAACGCGCGACCUGCUCAGGGAAUUGGAUGUGAACGACAUCGUUUGGAUUGGUCUCAUGCGACCGCAGAACUCGGAUCGUUUUAUGUGGUCUAAUUCGCGUCCCCUCGUGGCCGACACGGGCUACUGGGCGGAGUCGCUGCCGCUGAUGGAUGCCCCGCUCUGCGCCGUGAUUGAUCCCAUACGCGACUACCGCUGGCACGCGCUGCGCUGCGGUGGACCCGAGACGGCCUCCUUUCUGUGCGAGAUGCCAGUUCCCAGCUGGGCGGAUGCCUGCAUACUGAAGGACAUGCCCAACCUGACCAUGCAGUACAUGGCGGACACGGCCAGCAUCGAGCUCAUCCGCAACUGCCAGGAGGAGGGCCUCCUGCGGCACACCUGCAAGGGCAAGGAGGAUCGCGAUCGGGCUGUGCGCAAGUUGAUCUGUCCCAAGGAGCGGCUGGAGGCGCAGCGGAUCAACGACAUAACCAACUCGCACUUCAAGUCGCUGCAGAUCAUCAACAACAUUCCCACGGACAACAACGAGAACAACGACAUCGAUCUGCUGCCCAACUACAACGGAGGACGGGGCAUGGCCAUCAACAUUGAGGUGGCGCCCCCGCUGGCGCCCACUCUGGCCCCGUUCCCGCUGAACGAGCGCUUCGGUCUGGCCGAGUUCAUGCAGGCCGAUGCCCCGGGCUCGGUGUCGCUCUCCGGGCUGUAUCGCAUUCCCGACGAGAUACCCAAGCCGGUGAAGAAGUCCGCCAAGAAGGCCAACACCCCGGACUUUGUUGUGAAGCUAAAGCAGGAGCAGGAGCAGCCAGCGAAGCCAACGACCAGCAAGCGACUGAUGGAGGAGAUGAUGAUGGGGGACCAGCCGGCGCUGAGUGAUGAGCAGCUGCCACCGAGCAUGGCCGAGGCGAAGGACGACAGCAACAGCGAUGCCUCCAAUGAGAUAUUUGAGCCCUUGCCGCACAAGAAGAAGAUCCUGCCACAGGAUCUGCGCACCAUGCCACCCAUUGUAGAAGUGACAGCAGCAGCAACAACAACAACAACAACAACCACUGAAAUGCCAACAACAACAACAACAACCAAAGUGCCAACAAUUUCAACAACAACCGCAGCAGCAGCAGCAGCAGCAGCAACAAUGGACCACAGCCCGAUGUCGCCUCUGCCACAGAGCAACAACCUGGGCCAUCCCAUGCAUCCUGUGCAGCAGCAACCUCACAGCGGAGACGAUGGCUCCACACUGCAGCAGCAGCAGCAGCAGCAGCAGCAGCAGCAGACGAUGCAGACGAUGCAUGCCACGCAUGUGAAGGAGUCCGCGGACAAUUCACACUUCAUACCACCCAUGCUGCUGGUGAAGGCGCAUUAUGUGCCGCCAGCCAGACAUGCCAGCCAGGAGCAUGUCGAUCACGGCGACCAUAAGCCAGCACAUGCCACCACCACCACAACAGCCAGAGAAACAGCAACAGAAACAGCAACAGAAACAGCAACAGGAACAUCCACAACAGCAGAGCCGAGAACAAAGGCCGCCACAAAGGAGGAGCAGGAGCAAACGUCAACAGUCAUGUCAUUAACGGGUCUGACAGCAGACACAGACACAACAGUGGCUUCAACAACAACAACAACAACAACAGUGGCAGCAGCAAUGCCAGCAGGUACAACGGAAAGUGUGGAGGUGCGAACAGCAGUGAAAGUGGCUAAAGGCAGCGACACCAGCAAACAGGAACAGGCAGCCACAGGAACAGCAACAGCAACUACAACAACAAAAGCUACAACAACAACUGGUGCAGCAGAAAUGGAAAAUACUUUAAGGGGAACCGCAGCAAAUGCAACAACUGCUGGCACAACAACAACAGGUACACCAACAACUAGCAAGGCGGCAACACCAAUGGAAGUUACACCAACAACAACACCAAAGGCAGUGACACCAACAACAGCAAAGACAACACCAAAGGCAGUGACACCAACAACUACAACUGAAGCAGCCAUAACUACACCAACAACUACACCAACAACAACUACAGCCAGCAGCCAGACAUUGAAGCCAAACGCAGUUGCUGCAAAGGAAGCCACUGAAAUUUCAGCCGGAAAGCAUGCUAAAAAGUACUCAGAGGACGGGGCAGAGGCCGAGGCCGAGGCAGAGGCAGCCACAACAAGACACAACUUCCUGGAGGAGGAAACCGAGGCGCCAUUCAAGCCCAAUCGACGACGCUCGCUGACAAAGCCGGAAACUGUUAGCUAUUUCAAGAAGAUCCUGGGAUAGAGCAGUAACAGCGAGAGAGAGAGUGAGUGAGGGAGGGGGAGGGGCAAACGGCAGGCAGAAGCAACAGACUCCACACAGCAUCCACACAGCGACAGCGCUCCCCAGUAACCGUAAUCGUAGCCUUAACAGCGACUGUUAACACACAUUUCCGGCACACAG